AUGAAAUCUAGCCCACAAAAAUUAUUGAUUUUAUUCGGAUUAUACAUUAUUUUUGAGACGACUGAUUAUGAUCCCAAAAUUAUUCAAGAACUUCGAAAAAUCGAGAAUGUACCUUUAAAUUGUGAGCCAGUUAUAAAUGGCUCAGAAAAUCCGAAAAUUAUGGAUCGAUUGAAACAAUGGACACAUCAUUUUGAUUUUUAUGAGGACAAAUUGAUGGAGGCUGAAGAUUUGUGGGUUUUGGGGGAGGGAAAAUAGUGAAGGUUCAAAAUGACUAAGCCUAAGCCCGACUAGGUGAAUGUAUCAAAACAGGUUAAUAUUGUCAUUGAAUCAAACUAUAGUGUAGUUUAGAAAUUAAAAAAAAGAAAAACAAAUACAUAUUUUUUGACAAAGAUCAAGUAAACGUGAAAAAAAAACAAAAUCACAUGCAAACCGCGGAACAAGGAAAAUAGCAAAGAGACACAGAGAACAACAGAAAAAAAAACUGCAAGUUUUUCGCGCUGCGAUACCAGUCAAAAAAAAUGCACACAGGGGUUUUUUCACUACCGAGUCAAUGCAAAAUUGUAAUCGAGCAAAUAGGCUCCGCCCAUCUUUUUCCGCACAGAUAUGUGGGCGGAGCUUAGGUUUUCAGAUUUUCAAAAAGAAAAUUGAAAACCCUUUGGCUCAAAAGACACACAAAUAAAAAGAAAAAAGUCGGGCUAUAUGUGUUUGCAGCGACCGACAUCUCGCGAGGCCGGCCACACGCUAUUGUUUUUUUUUGUCGGCCACGUAGCGUGCUGUUUGCGGAGGUUUUUUGUCGUCAGAUAAAAUGUUUUGUACGUGAUUAAUUCUCGGUAGUGAAAAAACCCCUGUGAUGCAGAAAAACCGAAAAAAAUAUUUUCAAAAAUAAAUCACUAAACAACAUGCAAAUCGCGGAGUGUUGUUGUUUUUCCCAUUUUCCUUCAAAAAAUCUUUUUUAAUUUUCAGAUGUUCCACAAUUCACCAAUAUUUCCACUUCACCAACAAAUCCAACACCCAAGAAGAACUCGAUUUCCCACUUUCCUAUGGUUGGGUUGUUUACAAGGAUUUUGUACAAAUUUUGCUGCAAAUGAGCAUUUUAUACCAACCACAACACUUAUUUUGUCUAACUGUCGACAAAACUGCACUGAAAGAAUAUAGAAGAGUUUUGCUGGAAUUGCCCAAAUGUUUUCCAAAUGUUCAUGUUUUUAUUGGGGCAAGUUCGGAUUGGGGAAGUUUUGGGAUUUUGGAGAAUGUUUAUACGUGUUUUCUAUUUUUGUCGCGUCAAAAACAUGAGUGGAAAUAUUAUCAAUAUGUUAGUGGCACAGACUUGCCAAUGAAAACUAAUUUGGAAAUGGUUAGGAUUUUUAAGGUGAGGUAAACAUUUUGCAUUCUUUCUCCAUAUCAAACUUCUUUAAAACAAUGAAAACCAGGUCAAUAAGCCAAAAUUCAAAAUUGGAAUUGUUGCAGGCCCUUAACGGCUCCAUAAACGCGGAUGUCGAUAACUACGAAAUGGACCGAAAAAAACGUCGAUGGCAACAAGAGCCCCCAAUCCCUUUGUAUAAAUCAAGUAUGUCUGUAGCCAUCCCUCGAGAAGCUGCAAAUUAUAUAAUAAAAAGCAAAAAAGUGGCAAAAUUACUACGAUAUUUGAGUAAAACCUGGAUUCCCGAUGAGAGUUUUUGGACAUCAAUCAGCGGUUCGCCAGCAAUUCUACCAGUUCCUGGCUCAUUUCGAGCAAAGGAUAUAAUAUGGUUUCGAAAGAAUUUCCGAAUUCCAGAAUCCGAUGAAAAAACAACGGAAUUCAUCGGAACUUCUUAUAUUGGAAGAUAUCAAUUAUGGCAAUAUCAUCGAAAUUGUCACGGUAUUUUGACGUCGGAAAGUUGUGUUUAUGGUGUUGGGGAUAUUGAGGAAAUUGUGACAAGACCGGAAUUGGUGGCACAUAAGUUUUAUUUGAGUGUACAACCGGCGGCGUAUUUAUGCUUAUUGAAGGUGAGUGACAUGUUUGAUAAUUAAUGUUUUCCGAAGAGAAUAAAUUGUUCCACUUUUGCAACUUUCAGGAAAUCCGUAAGCGCACUACCGACCCACAAAAUCAACUUUUCGAUGCAAAAAGCUAUGCAGAAAUGCCAACUGUUGAGAUGAAAAAUGGAAAAGGUGUUUUGGAGUUGACACAUCCUGAUUGGUUGACUGCUUCGUCUUUUUAUAAUCCGGAAUAUCAUCCGAUCGAUAAUUCAAAGUUUGUAUAA